AUGGUCAAUCGGCGACUUAGGGAGAAACUGGAAGCCGAUGGAAGGUUUGACUACCGUCAACACGAUUUUCGCCCAGGCUAUGGCACCAGCACAUACUUUGCCAACCUGGACAGUGUGCUCCCAGAAGCGUACGAGGAAGGCAAGCAUGUUGACAUUGUGUCACUCGAUAUCGCCAAGGCUUUUAACCGGACCUGGACCCUUUUGGUCCUUAGAAAACUACAAUACUGGGGUAUCACAGGCAACAUGCUUGCUUUCGUAAAAAAAACUUCCUCACCCGACGAACCUUGCAAGUGCAUAUUGGCGGCACAGCAUCAGACGAGUGCCCUGAAGAGACUGACGUUCCCCAAGGGUCGAUCCUAG